UGUCUUUGAUCAACAAGAUUUCUAAUAUCUCAGUCUCUGUCUCAGUUUCAGCUCAAGCUCAGUUUUGUUGUCAUAAAUAAAUUGAGAUUGAAAUAUUUUGGUUUCGAUUGCAAUUCAUGCGAAAGAAAUUAUUUAAAAUUCAAGCCAGCAGAAAAAAAGAAAGAGGGAGGAAGUUUUACUGACUCAUUUAGCCAGUUUGUUAAAUUGACUUUGUGCUCGCAGCAGUCAAUCGGAGUCUCGUGUUGUGUGUCUUUUCUUUGGCCUAUGCAUUUUAAACUAUUAAAAAUGUUUUAUUUUUGUAUAAACAUUGUUUAUCUGGCCUUCAUAUAAAUAUUAAAUUAAAUUAACAUUAAACUGUCCAUUGUUCUUCAAGGUGUUUAUAUAAUAACUUCCACCUACAAGAAACGGAUCGAAGAGAAUCUCUACUUAGCUACAGAUGUGAUACGUGUCAACUCAGUUUGCAAUAUGGAUUUAAUUUGCAGAUUUCUUGAAAUAUACCUUGUUCUAAAUGUUGUGAUGAUAUUGAAUAAUUUCUCAACAGAUGCCGCUACAGAAGAAAAGAUUAACCACCAGGGAAACUAUCUGGGAAAAUUUAACUCGUAUCAUCACCAAGUUUCCGGAGAGGUGUAUGCUGUAAAUGAAUUCACAUUUCUCUUGACUGAUUUCACUUAUGAUGGCAACGGUGCAGACACCUUUUUCUGGGCAGGUGCCUCCAAUAACCCAGGCCCUCAAGGCUUCAUAGUUCCCGAUGAGUAUGGAAAAACAAAUAUUCUUGAUCGAUACCACAAUAAGGAAUUCACUCUUAUACUGCCAGAUAAAAAGAAAAUCACAGAAAUAAAAUGGUUGGCCAUUUAUGACUUGAACAAUCAAAACAACUUUGGAGACGUUUAUAUUCCUGAGAAUUUUGCACCUCCUCGACCACAGAAGUCUGGUGCUCUUUCACGUCGCAGCCACAAUGUCAGCAGUGAUCCAAUAGAGAUUUUAAAUUCAAAAACUAUAAGAAUACCUAAUUUUACAUAUGAUGGCAAAGGCAAGAGGACGCAUUUUUGGACAGGAGUCGGAGCACAACCCUCAAGUCGAGGUCAUAAAAUUCCAGACGAAAUGGGAUAUCUAGAUCCAAUAAGAAAGUACAACGCAGAAACAAUAACUCUUGAGCUUCCUGGUGAGAUUACGGUUUUUGAAAUAGACUGGAUAAGUAUUUAUGAUCUUGAGGACAACGAAAAUUUCGGCUCUGUGUUAAUCGAUGACGAAUUGAAUGUGCCACCUUCGCUAGUGAAAGUUAUUUCUUAUGCGGAUACAUUGCCAAAUUGCAGGCAGCUCCACAAGGAUUUACAAAUUGCUUGGGAGGUCUUUGGGCCGCAAAUAACAUUUAAGCUAUCCGGGAUGGUUGGCCCUAAUGACUACAUGGCGUUCGGACAAUCUGGUUCCGACUCUUCUAGUCAGAUGAUUGGCGCAGAUGUGUGUAUAGCUUUUAUUGAUGAAAUUCGAGGACACUCUGUAGAUUAUAAUAUAACAUCUUUAGCACCAUGUGUUCAAGUAUUGGGUCAAAAUAAAGGAGUGUGUCGAGAUGAUGUCGUUGGGGGUUUGGAUAGUUUCCAACUCAAUACCUACUCGAGAGAGGAUGGAGUUAAUGUAGUUACUUACAGGAGGACAUUAAUAUCAUCUGACCCUGGUGACAAAGAAAUUUAUUUGAACCGCGACAACUACGUUGUUUGGGCAAUGGGUCACUUGGACUCCAAUUAUGAACCAGCAUUCCAUAGUGUUUAUCCAAAGGGUGAUGUUAUUAUAAAUUUUAACACAACUGAACCAGUAAACGAUUGCUUCAGCUUCACGAGGAAGGAAAACAAAAACAUCGAACUAUGGGAUCAAGUAAAAAUUCUCGAUAGAAAUGUAAGAACCUUUAACGCUGUGUUAGGCCCAGCAGCUGGACAAAAGGGAUACGAAGGACUCACUGGACACGUCUCAAAUGGUUUGGCUUGGUAUAUAAACGGUUUUAUGAUCCCUGAACUGUAUUUAAGACGAGGACUUUCGUAUACGUUUAAAGUGAGAGGUGGUAAUAAUCCCCAUUCCCAUGAAUACUAUCACCCGCUGGUUAUAACCGAUGAACCAAGAGGUGGCUUUGAUAGGUUGUCAGAAUCUAGACAAAGUGAAAUACGAGUUUUAGCAGGAGUUGAGUUUACAAGACGGGGUCGUCCAAAGCCCACGGCAGCUGGGCCGCUCUGCAUUGGCAAAUAUCCGCCCAACUAUGAUCGAAGACUUGAUGAUAAUUUCCUGACUUUCAAGAAGUUUAAUAGAUCUCUUAUUUAUGAAUGCGCUGAGGGAGAGCCGGGAAUUUUAGAAAUUACACCCAACAUAACGUGGCCAGAUGUCGUUUAUUACAAUAGUUUCACUCAAGCCAACAUGGGUUGGAAGAUUCAUAUUGUUGAUAACUAUGUUAGAAGUAGUGGCGGAUCAAAUUAUAUUUGUAUGCAAUUAUUGUUAAUUGUACAAAUUGUGAGAUUUUAUUGUGAUUAUGUUUUUUAUUGAAAAAUGAUUUCUAGUAUCAUUUAGGAACUUAAUUUAAAAUCGAAUACUAAAAUGCAUUAUCGAAAAAUUUUGAAAUAUUUGCAUGUGACUUAAUAAUAUUAGGACGGAAUUAUUUUUAAACAAAUGUUUGUAUUUUAAUAACAAAAUUUUAAUAAAUUUUUAAAGAUUUUUUUU